AUGUCCAGGAUCAGGAAGCUUAGAUCCAGGAGUUUUGAAGCUGUCGGCUUGAUGCGUGACCUCACUGCGGUGAAUCUAGGGAGACUUUACAAGUGUCUUGAGGUGCAGCUCUCAUCCUUGUUAACAUCGACAGUUCGCAUGCACACGUGUCCUUCCUGUCGGCAGGCCACUAGCUUGGGGCUGCGGGUCUCAAGAGGGGUGCAUCAUGUUGGGGUCACCGCUCUCUCAGCACACAACCGUCAACGUGGCUCUCUCAACCCAAUGUCGCUCGCUCAGCUUUUCUUCGAACGCUUGGAGCGAGCUGCAUUUGCUGAGUGUGCAUGCAUUUGA